AUGCCUUUGAAACCAGGAUUUUUUGAAAAUGUUACAAAACCAUCGGCGCAGCCAAUUUCGCCUACAAGCCCAUCAGCUUUGGCACAUGUCGAGCCUUUCGGCGAAAUCGGGUCCAAAGACGAUACAAAUUGUGGCCAUAUCAGAAAUAAUAACUCUCAACAGACGGGAAACCUUGACAAAACACUACCGGACAUCUCAUCCCAUAGUCUGGAAAAUAUCCUGCCUCAAGCUCUCUCACAGCUCGAUGUCGAUCUUAUUGACUUCAUUUGUGACAUUUACGAAGAAGACGGAACAGCACAGUCUGUUAUAGUCUCCGCCUCCGACGCAACCCAUUCAUACCCACGACCCAUGAACCAGCGGAAGCCUCUACAACGUCGAUCUAUGUCGCGCACAACUAGGUCUAGAAAGCAUUGGCACCAUUUCAAUGACCAGACGCUUUUCAACGUUCUCAUGGAUCCGCAGGUUGUUGUUCAAUCCUUCACUCACGACAGAAAACUCUACGAUUCUCAGACACUAUGGUACUGUUUUCACCGAUUAAGCCGCGUCGCAUGUAAUCUUGUAUUUCACAGUCUCUGGCUGGCUGCCGGACGUUUGUUCGUUCCUCCUCAAGUUUCGAGGUCGCAUAGUUCCAUCAAGGACAAUGACUCAAGAUUACAGAAGCACAAGGGGCCUCUAUCCGAUGUUGACGCCGGCUAUCUGAUGUCGAUCUGCAUGCAUGCAUUGGUAGCCGCAGCUCCAGCUGUCCAAGACUCGAGAACACUAUAUGAGAUAUCCCGCAUCCGCUCAAAUGGUUUGACCCUCGCUGGCCGAAGUGCCAUGGCUCGGCAAUCUUCCUCUCGAUGUUUAGAUUAUGAUGAUGCAUUCUCAAACGACUUGGCUAUCAGACUUGCGCGUAGGCUAUUUUGCGCCAUUACAGCCAGACGGCACUUUUCUAACAAGAUGGACACUGCUGGCCCCUUGAAUGAGAUCGAAAACAACAAGGUUGAUAUUUUGCAACCUUUGGUUGACCAGCUCGAUUUUCUCAGCACAGGCUCAGCGACGAUUCUGGAGUUCCCACAAUCAGAGCGUCUCUUGCAUGAGACCCGUGUGCCAACAGUUCUCCUAGAUUGGGCACGCACCAUAUUGCUCAACGAAUGGGACGGUCGAGCCGAUUUUACCAUGGAUGGACCAUUUGGGGGAGCUUUAUCGUUCAUCGAGACCCUACAUGCCAACCGAAAUCUUCUCCUUCUUGGGGAUAUCCAAUUCCGGGUCGAUUACCUUUCAGAGCGCUUAGAUUCGAUCGAGAUGCCUGUAGACUGGUUGACGUUCAAUUCGACACGCUGGCGACGACAUAUCCUAGACUAUCCUUACAUCUUCAGCCCCGACACACUUGUUUCUUUCUUUCGUUCCAUCAAUUUUGCCCGGAUGAGUCGUAUGUUCGAAGAGUCUAGUUCAUUAAAAACUCGCAUGAGUGCUAUUGUCGAUCCCGGUAGUCUCAUUACUAACCCCCACCACAAGAUGGUUUUACAAGAUCUUUUGAGAACAGCUUCAUCGAAAUACCUAGUCCUCGAAAUCGGCAGGAGUAAUGUCGCCCGAGAUGCCUUCGACCAGCUAUGGAGACGGGAGAAACGGGAACUUCUUCGCCCGCUGAAGGUGCACUUGGGGGAGAACAGUGGCGAAGAGGGUUUUGAUUCUGGAGGUGUCCAACAAGAAUUUUUCCGAUUGGCAAUCGCCGAGUGCCUAGAUCCCCAAUAUGGUGCUUUCACUAUUGACGAACGGACACGCAUGGCCUGGUUCACCCCUGGGUCAUUGACCGAAGAUUGGAAGUACGAACUCGUGGGCCUUUUGAUGUCGCUCGCCUUGUACAAUGGCCUGACGCUGCCUAUCACUUUUCCGAAAGCCCUUUACCGGAAGCUGCUGGGCAAACCGGUUGAAGAGCUUCACCACAUCGCCGAUGGUUGGCCAGAUUUGGCAAGCGGGCUGACAACAUUACUGGAGUGGGACGAAAAGGAUGGGCUCGUCGAGGACAUUUUUGCCCGCACGUAUGAAUUUUCAGUUGAGUCUCUCGGUACCAUUGUGACACGAGAUAUGAGGAUGAGCGAACAAGCGGGCUGGCCCAAGGCAGCCUCAAGUUCGUGUGAUAUUGCACCACCACACAUGGAUAACCCAGAUGACGCUCCCCUUGUUACCAACGAAAAUCGGGACGACUAUAUCAUCGAUUACAUCCGUCACCUUACGGAUGUUUCCAUUCGACGACAGUAUCUCGCUUUCGAGCAAGGGUUCAACUCUUGCCUCGAUAGAAAGUCACUCUCGCUCCUAAGUCCAUCCACCUUGCAAUCGCUCGUUGAGGGUGUCCAAGAAAUUGACAUCGUCGAAUUGAAGCGGUACGCGCGCUAUGUGGGCUGGGAUGCUUCCCAUCGUACCAUUAAAGACUUUUGGUCCAUCGUCAAGAGGUACGACGAGAGAAUGAAACAACGCCUCCUGGAAUUUGUGACAUCGUCCGACCGCGUUCCUGUUGGCGGCAUGAAGAAUCUGCAAUUUGUAAUACAAAAGAAUGGUGAAGAAGAUGGCGCGGGUGGACACUUGCCAACAGCAUAUACCUGUUAUGGCACACUUCUUCUACCAGAGUAUAGGGAUAAAGAGGUGUUAAGAGAGCGGCUUGGGAUGGCACUUGAGAAUGCUCAAGGGUUUGGCUUUGCUUAA